AUGGCGCUGAGCGGCGGCGGGGCGGUGGGCGCUCUCCUGCCGCGGCGGAUGGCGGGCACCCGGGCGGCGGCGGCGGGAGCGCGGCCCCCCGAGAACGUGGUGCGCGUCCCCUGGGCCCUGCGGAUGCGGCUGCAGCGGGGCGCGCAGCGCCGGCGGCGUGGGCAAGGGGAGGCGGCGGCGGCGGCGGCGGCGGCGCGGUCUGGGCGGCUGCUGCUGCGGAGCCGGCGGCCGGAGCUGAGCCAGCCCCGCUGGCAGACCGUGGGGCGCUGGGACCAGCCGCAGCUGGUGUCGGCGGGCUGGAAGCACAGGAAGGCGUGCGGGGACUACUUCCAUCUGGAGCCCUCGCAGGAGGUGGCUCCCGCCUUGAAGCAGUCGUCGCUGCCUGAGGCGGAGCGGGGCCUUUCUUUCACCGAGAUGGGGCUGCAGCCGGCGCUGCUGGCCGGCCUGGAGGCGCUCUCCAUCGGCCGCCCCACGGCGGUGCAGCGCCUCGCCAUCCCCGCGCUGCGCCGCGGCCGCAGCGCCCUUUGCGCCGCCGAGACCGGCAGCGGCAAGACGCUGGCCUACCUGCUGCCGCUGCUGGACGGGCUGCUGGCCCGCCCCGAGGGCCCGGAGGCGGCGGAGGGGCCGGCCUCCCCCCGCGGGCUGGUGGUGGUGCCGUCGCGGGAGCUGGCGGUGCAGGUGGGCGCCGUGGCGGCGGCGCUGGGCCGGCCGGCGGGGCUGGAGGUGCGCGAGCUGACGGGCGGCGGCGCGGCGGGCGGGCUGCGGAGGCAGCUGCGGGCGCGGCCGCCCGGGGCCGCCGUGCUGCUGGGCACCCCCGGGGCGCUGCGGCAGGCGCUCCGGCGACGGUUCCUGGUCCUGGAGCGGCUGCGCUGGAUGGUGCUGGACGAGGCGGACAGCCUGAUGGACGACUCCUUCGUGGAGCCGCUGGAGGAGAUCCUGGCACACGCGCCCCUGCCCGUGGGAGCUCCCGGGCCGACCGGCCCCGGCGAGGCAAGGAUCCAGGUGGUGGUGGUCGGAGCCACCUUCCCCGCGGGGCUGAGCGAGAUGCUGGGGAAGUUUACCGACGUGGACCAGUUUGUCACUAUCACCACCCAGAGCCUGCACCGCCUGCCGCCCCAUGUCCAGCAGAAGUUCGUCCGCCUCAAAGGCUGCGACAAGCUGCCCGAACUGCUGCAGCUGCUCAAGGAGCGCCCGGUGUCCAGUGGGGCUGUUCUCAUCUUCUGCAACAGUGCCAGCACUGUCAACUGGCUGGGCUAUAUCCUGGAUGACCACAAAAUCAAGCACCUGAGGUUGCAGGGACAGAUGUCAGCAGCCGCUCGAGCUGGCAUCUUCGCCUCCUUUCAGAAGGGUGAUGUGCCUGUCCUUGUAUGCACUGACCUUGCCUCGCGGGGGCUGGACACCAGCAGCGUGCAGCUGGUGGUCAACUAUGACUUCCCAAAUGCCCUGCAGGACUACCUGCACCGCGUGGGGCGAGUUGGACGGGUUGGAAGCAAGGCACCUGGAGUGGUGGUUAGUUUUGUCACCCAUCGGUGGGAUGUGGACCUGGUGCAGAAAAUAGAGACUGCGGCCCGGAAGAGGACAGGUCUCCCAGGCAUGGACUCCUCUAUUAGUAAGCCUCCACCUAAAGGAGGUUGAUUCAAGUUGCCAAGCAGUAAUGAAGGGCCUGGUAGGGACUAAGCUUCAAGUCAUUAAGGCAGAGGGAACGAGCUUCUGUGUGUAAGCUAGACUGAAAGAGAAUUGAGUUUCAGAACCAUGUGAUCAGGUUAACUUUGUGUGCUGUUCUGGAAGCUGCAACAGUCAUUUCCAUAGGCAUCACAACUCACAGCUUUCCAAAAGGAAGCUGGUGAGUGAGUAAUAAAAUGCCUUUGGAGAAGACCAAAGGAGGAGCUCAUCAGUUGAUUUUUGUUUCAUUUUGCUGAGACUUUUAGCUUAAGUUCAAUUCAGAAUAAAAGUAUGCCUGUGUGAUGCACAGUUCUGUUGCAGUUCAUUGCUUCCUACCACCGGGAGCUAAACAUUCAUUAUUAAAAAUUACUACGGUGGCAGAAAAAAAAAAAAAGAAACUAUUCCUAACUUGGACAUAACUUUCACCAAUUUUAGGUACAUCUAGAAAGACUGGAGGAUACAUAAACUUUGAUUUUCUUGUUCAGUCAGAGAAUUCUAGACCAGAUGUCUUUAAGGUUUGGUGGGAAUGAGAAAGCACAAUAAAGCUUGAGGCUUUUUCAAGGUCUUAAUUUGUCAUGUUAUAGUUACAUUUCACUGAGAAAGGGGAUUGUGCUGCUUCAUGUUCUAUUAAUAAUAAAUUAAAAAAAAGACCUUAA